ACACAUCCGAAUGUUGACAAGAAAUUAUUUUCUACUGAUAGCAUUAUUGCUUUGAAAAACCCUGGUAAAGGAUUUCCUGUUAAUCAGCCAUUGGGUGUCCUUAGAUGGCGAUUCAUUACAAAAGAUGAAACAUCAAUUCCAUUAUCAAUAAAUUGUUGGCCCACCCCCGCUGGAGAUGGAACGAUCGAUGUUAAUAUCGAAUAUGAAUUAGAAAAUGAGAACCAAGAAUUUAAAGAUGUAGUGAUUUCCAUUCCAUUGCCUUCUGUAGGAAAUCCUGUUGUUGGUGAUGUUGAUGGUCAUUAUGAAGUAAAUAGGCAAGCUAGAACUCUCGAGUGGCAAUUGCCUAUUAUCGACGCAUCUAACAAACAAGGGUCGCUUGAGUUCAAUAUUGCAGGCGAGGACGUUAACGUGUUUUUCCCUGUUGGAGUUUCAUUCAUAAGUGAGAAAUUGAUUUGUGAUAUAGAUGUGUUGGACGUAAUCCAUGCUGAAUCAGGAGCUUCCGUGACUUUCUCUAAAGAAAUGAUUCUUGAUUUGGCCAUACAAAAUUUUACGAUUGACGAAUAUUCAGAACGUAUAUUUGUGUUUCCAAUAAGCUACACUUUUUACCAAUUUUGGAUUAAUAUUGCUUGCU